AUUUUGUGACUGGCCUUCACUCUCCGAAAAUCACCGCACGCUCGGCGAGUUUUACACUGUGAACCCCCAAACGGACCGGCAAUCGCAUACCAACUAUGUCUAACGCGAAGUACAAGGAUUGGAUUUUAGAAACAAUCGACUCACUGCGGAGCCGAAAAGCCCGACCAGACAUCGAGCGAAUUUGCCACAUGGUCGAGCGCAAACAUGGAGUAGCGGCUGCUGAAACUGAAGCAGAGUUGGAGCGCUUGGUUGACUCGGAAAUCGUGAUAAAAGUCGAUUACAAAGGAAGUACAAGUUACCGCAAUGCGGCUAAGUGGAGAAAAAGCCACCUCAGCGGCAAUGUGCUCAACUCUGCCGAGACAACGCGAAGUUUGAAGAUAGCCGUCAGGAAACUGACCGAGGAAGAUGGCCGAAACUCGGGCACCGGAAUUCGCGAAAUUGAAAAGUUUUUACUGGCCGAUGAUCAUACCACGAAACUCAUAAAAACAAACUUGCAAGUGGCUUUACAAAGGGAAGUGGACGCUGGACGCUUAAUUAAGUUGAAAAAUGGAACGAACUAUACACUGAAGGACAGCGAUUCGCCAAAAAAAGCCGGUAGACCAGCCAAACGGAAGAGAAUUAAAAAGACUCAUGGUCCUGAUUUUGAGCAGGAGCCACUGUCUAAGGUUGCCUGCAAGGAAGAGGUCACUGACACUAAAUGCGACUACUGCUUGUUAACUGCUGAAUGUAACAGAAAUGGCAAGACUGAGGAUUUAUUGGUGUGUAAAGACUGCAAUGCAAAGGCACAUCCAUCAUGUAUGAACUACACUCAGGAACUUGCUGUAAGAGCUCGGAUGUCACCAUGGCAAUGCUUUGAUUGUAAGACGUGCUGUGUGUGUGGGGAUUCUGGUGACGCUGAUAACUUGUUAUUCUGUGAUGCCUGUGAUAAGGGCUACCAUAUGGCUUGUCAUACACCCCAAAUACUGAGGAAACCUACAGGAAAAUGGAUGUGUAUAAAAUGCUGCAAAGACAUGAACAUUGAUCCGGCAUCGUUAGAUUCCGGUCCUGCUACACCAGCUGCAGCUAGUGGUGAAAGUAACGAUGAGGAAGAAAAGCCAAUCAUGAAAACAGUAGUGUCCAUGGAUACCAGCAUCUUGCCAACGCCAUUAGAAUCUCCGGAAUCUCCAGAAUCCAUGGAUGCAGGAGAAGAUGAAGAAGAUGGUGCAGUGAUUGAGAAUAGUGAAAAUAAAACAACAAGAGAAAAAAAAGUUACAAGCCCCAAAUCUGAUAGUAGUCCAGAUGUUGCCACGCCAACAGCACAAACUGCCAAUCUCCCUGAGCAGUCUGCAAAAUCUGGCAUCUCUAGUGAUCCCGCAAACUGGAACAUCAAAGAUGUCGCCAAUUAUUUUAAAAAUGAGGGUUUUCACGAACAAGCACACGUGUUUGAAGAACAGGAGAUUGAUGGCAAAUCAUUGUUAUUGCUGAAAAGAAGUGAUGUAUUAACAGGGCUUUCAUUGAAGCUGGGACCAGCAUUAAAGAUGUACAAUCAUGUUAAAAAGCUGCAGACAUUUAACCAGCCGACUUCCAUUUUCACGUGAAGAGAGUACAAUAAAAUUAUAUGAAUUAAGCUGACUUGGUGCUGUAAAUAAUAUAUAUAGAAUAUGGAAGAUGAUGACAAAUGUUGUAAACCGUUUCUCGCUAUAAAUUUUCACAACAUUUUCAUAAUUUAACCAUUUCUCGCUAUAAAUUUUCACAACAUUUUCAUAAUUUAAGCAAAAUAUUGUCUGUUACUGCGCCAAAAGUUCGUAGUUUUCCCAGAAAUAAAAAAAAUUCAGGAAAAUUUGUCUCUUGCAAGAUUAAAGCAAUUUACAAUGUGAUGAAAUAUUAAAAUUCUACCUUGUGAUGUCAUAUCCUGUUUUCUCUGGUGCAUUAUGGGUAUGAAGGUCCAAGACUGCCAGACACAGGACGCUGUCAAGAUUUCAAGAGUUUUUAAACUUUUCAAAAAAUUCAUGAUUUACGUAUGUACAAGGAGUUUCAAUGAAAUAUAUGAAAAGUACAUCGCCAAUGUUUGUGAUACGUUUCUUAUGUACUUCAUGUUGCAUUACCUUUGACCUUAAAUUGACCUGAUUAAUUUGCAUAACUAUGUUUACACAAAAGCAUGUAAAGAUUUUUGUUAUUAUUGAAAUAUACCACUCUUCAUUUACUGGUACAUUUAAGCAAAAUCCGACGGUUUUAUAUUUUUUGAUAACUGUUAACUGUUUUGAAAAAUUUAUAUUAGAAAAUUGGCUGUUUCUGCUUGGGUAAAAUGUGCUAGUAUUUACCAUUAACUAUGGCUGUUUGUUAUAGGAAAUGGAUUUCUUAUAUUGAAAGGGAAGAAUGCGACAAAUAUUUUUUUCUUAAGCAGGUUUAAUUUUCUUGUACCUUUAAGUUGAGCAUUUAAAAGAACUAUUUAAAUUCAUUACACAGGGUGAUCCCAUGUUUAUAUUUACUUUUCAUUCUGUGCAUAUUAAUUGGCUUAUUUGAAUAUUAGAGUUUUACAUUUUUUAUAUACCACCAUACUACUUUGAUUGAAAGACGUGUAGGUUCCAUUUGGUGGUUUGAUCUAGUUUGUUUACACCUGUGCAUAUUAAUUAGCUAAUUUACAUGUUUGAGGUUUAGUACUUGGCCAGUUAUACAUACCGUUUAUGCUUUAUCUCUCAGAUUCAGAUGAAAUGGGUCAUUUCCAUUUCAUAGUUUGCAGGGAACUUGUUUGUUUACCCUAGUGCAUAGUAUUUAUAUAAUUUGCAUGUUGAAAUAAAUUAGGCUAAUUAAGAAAAACAAAUUGUUUCUUGGCCUGAGAUGUUCCAAACAAAUGGUGUAAGUAACGUGCCUUUUUUGGGGCCGAAACACAUUCGUGACAAAAACCCAUUUGUUUGUUGUUGUGGGGAGGGGGGGGGGUAAUAAUUGGCAGCAAAUAUUUCAUUAUGAAACAAAACUAAGCUGAGAAUCCAUGUUAUCAACUUUUAGAUAUUCUAAUACAUUGUAUGAAUGAAGCAGUCAUGUUUGAUCCACGUCUCCUGCAAUAGUUGAGAUGACACUUCAUGCUAUGCAAAUCAAAUAAUUGAGUGUGAAAACAUGUAUGACCGUAUUUUCAUGUGGUGCUUAUGGAACAUUCAACUGCCUUUCUGAUCUAAUUUCAGUGUGAAUUUAAGUUUUAUUAAACCAUACUGACAAUGA